UGCUGUAACUUUGAGUGUGACCAUUUUGAAGAGAUGCUGAGAAUGAGAUAUGAAGACAAUGAAUAAAAAGAAAAAAGUUGUGAAGAAGGUGGCCAAGGAAGGCAGCCAUCAAGGCUUCCUGUCACAGGCCCUCGCAGAGAAGCACCUCUUUCCAAGGAAAAUAACCUUGAAGGUGUUAAAAGAUGAAGACCAUGCCAUAGAAAUGCCUGGUUUGGAAGCGAGUGUUAUUGCAAGCAGAGUUGACAUAGAGAAAGUUGAGAGAGAGCGUCACAGCAUCGCAGAUCAGCUACAAAAAAUCUUUCAGAGAGUUGGAAGGUUGUAUGAAAAUGCUGGUUUCCCUGGUAACAUAAAAGCUUCACAUGAAGAGGAAGCUGCAGCUUUGCACAUUACAAAUCGGCCACCAAAUCACGAUGGGAAAAGACUGAGGAAGUUAAAAACAGACAGAGAGAAGUUCCUCAAGAUGGUGAAAAGUUUCUCCACUGCUUCCGGCUCGAGAUUUCACCUCAUUGAAGACGUUAAGGAUUGGUUGAAAAAUGUUGAAAUCGGUGAAGAGUUGAAAACGGAGGAAGAUUACAAACAACUUGAUCAAGAAUGUUUAGAGUCAGAGGCUGAAGUCAAGAAUGGCCUUUCACACGCGUUUGCAUCUAUUGAUGAGAUCAAGAGGAUUGGCUACAGGUUGCUGGAAGAUGCAGGGUACCUGGACCGAGAAGAUGAUGUUCACCACAAGCGAGCUAAACUCUUUGGGCAACCACCAGAAAUCAUUUAUGACACCCAAGAUCUUCUGGCGGACAAAACUGGUGAAACUAUCAGAGAGGCAAGCGCAGAGAUAAAACGUGUAUUGCAGGACACCAUCCGAUUGGUCAAGACCCCAGCGGCAAAAACAAUGGUGCGUGGUGGCUUGAAACAAUACAAGAACUUAAUGGGAGUGACCGAGAAAAGCAUGGAGAAAAGCAAAACUCUAGAGGAUGAAAUGUCAGAGAAGGAUUCUAAACUUGAGGAAUUAGAAGCAGCGACCGAGAAUUUGACCCAACUGCUUGAUCGAACUCAAGUGGACAUUGAAAAAGUUCAUGUCGUAUUAAACAACAAGACAGUCGCUCUGGGAAAAGUUACUGAAGAAAAUGAGAUUUUGAAGAAGAAACAUGCUGCUCUGGAACUGAUGACCACACACCUCCAGGAAGAACUGACAAAGGUCCCGUCCAAAUAUAGUGCUGUCAUCAAGGAGUCAGUCGAUGUUGGGCUUGCUGAGUCUGUCAUGCUUGAAGAGGUCGAGCAAUUGAGGAGCAGAGUUGAGAAUCAAGAGGAAGAAAUGAGAGUGUUGACAGAGGACCUUGAGGCUGAACGAGAGAUAUCUGUAAACCUUCAGUUGUCACUUGACCGAGCAAACGUCCGAGUUGAGAGUAAAGAUGAGGGAGAGAAGAAGCUCAGUGAAUUCAUGGAGGAGAAUGAGGACCUGAAGAAUCAGAUUGUGACCUUGAAUUCGCAACUCGCGGAGAAGGAUGAGAUAGUUUUGGACCUGGAAAAGGAGUUGGUGGAAAUGAAGCUGUAUUCUCCUGUUGAGUCCGGGAGGGACCUCCUGAAGACGUCCCCGAAUAAGUCUGGGUCAGUGGUUAGCAUCAAACAGAAGGUCAAAGAAAAGCCUCAAAAGUCAUCACCAGCAUCGGACCAUGAUUUGAAGAAGGCUAUCAGCCGAUUGCAAAAGCAGACGGAAUCUGAGAUGAAUCAUCUGAAGGAUCACAUGGAGAGAGAACAACAAAGGCAUGAAGCUGCCAUACGAAAGCUCGAGAUGGACCACAAAGACCACAUCGCCAUCAUCCACAAAGAAACCGUCCAUCUUCUCCGAGCCAUCAACCACUUCAAGGAAUCAGUCGCACAGAUUCUCGAGAAGGAAGACCUGCUUGUAGUAGCCUCCGAGGUCUAUAGACUGGACAAUCUCCCCACGGAGGUCAACCAGCAAGAUCCAAUGUUGUCUUUAAAUCGGAUCUCUGGCGAUGCCGUGGAAUUGUUGGUCGCCGUGGAGAAUAAGCUGUCGCAGGCACUGUUGAACAGACGUUGUGAAGUGAAGGAUAGCUCUCAAGCUAUGAACACGACAUCGAGGGAACUUGGCGUCCAAAUGGAGAUAACAAGACGUCUGCGACAACAGCAUUCACAGUUGAUUGAGAAGCAAAAUGCAACCAAGGAUGAGCUAGCCAAUGUCAAGGGCACAGUCACAGCAGUUAAAAAGUCUGAGGCUCUGCGCUAUUACAGCCUCUAUGAUCGCUACAAGUUACUCUGGAUUCACAACAGGAAUGUCCAGCGAGAGCUUGAUAAUCUCAAGAGAGAUUUCCUUGAGGCGAUGAAGAGGAGAGAGGCAGCCCUCCGCACGGCUAUCAGUGGCAGGCAGGACAUGGUGAAAACCAUCGAAGAGCAACAUGAAAAGCUCACAAAGAUGCAGGUUGAUCUAAGACAAGUCAGUAUUCAUCAUUUUUAG